UUCUUUUAGAUCCUGCGGAUGAGAAACUGCUGGAGGAGGAGAUCCAGGCACCCACCAGUUCCAAGAGGUCACAGCAGCAUGCCAAAGUGGUGCCAUGGAUGCGGAAGACCGAGUACAUCUCCACCGAGUUCAACCGCUACGGUGUCUCCAAUGAGAAGCCAGAGGUCAAAAUUGGCGUGUCUGUCAAACAGCAGUUCACCGAGGAGGAGAUCUACAAGGACCGAGACAGCCAGAUUGCAGCCAUUGAGAAGACGUUUGAGGAUGCUCAGAAGUCAAUUUCUCAGCACUACAGCAAGCCUCGUGUCACUCCAAUGGAGGUCAUGCCAGUCUUCCCUGAUUUCAAGAUGUGGAUCAACCCCUGCGCUCAGGUCAUUUUUGACUCUGACCCAGCGCCCAAGGACACCAGCGGGGCAGCCGCUCUGGACAUGAUGUCACAAGCCAUGAUUAGACGAAGAGCCGGAGAAAGGGAGUGAGAGCGAGAAGGAGGCCAGCGAAGCCGAGGAGGAGGAGGAGGAAGAAGAGGAGGAGGAAGCCCGCUCCCCCAGCGAGGGCAUCCCGGCCGAGGAGAGCGAGGAGGACGAGCGGGCUGCGCGAGACAAAGAGGAGAUCUUUGGCAGCGACGAUGACGAGGAAGACUCCGAGCCGGAGGGCGGCCGGCCAGAGGCGGAUGAGGAGAGCGGCAGCGAGGAGGAGGAGGACGACGAAGAGGGCGGCACCCGGCGGCAGCAGCACCACCACCAGGGCAGCCGCAGCCCCUUCUUCAGCGGCAGCGACCGCUCCAACCACGAGGACGAGGAGGAGGAGGAGGAGGGCGAGGCCAGCCCCAGCGACGCCCCUUCGGAGUCGAGCAGCGAGAGCAGCGAGAGUGACUGAGCGGCUGCGGAGGCCCUCCGGAGGGACCGGGACUGUCGCGAGAGGCACGGGGGCCUCGAUUUGGCAGGCCCCUUCGGGGGUCCAGAGGGUCCUUUCGCCAGCUCUGCCCUCACUAGCCGCAGGCUGGGCAGUUGGCCCCGCUGGGGGAACCGUGGGGGGCUUCAGCCCUGGGAGUUCCCUGCUGUACAUAGAAGCCUUUUCUGUUGCAAUAAAAUAUGUCUUGUUUCUUUUCUUGGUUCA